CAGCGCUGAUCCAUUGCACAUAUAGCAUAUCCUUUCAUCCUUUCGACAUCUUUAUGGCUCUCAACGUCUUGAACGUGGAUCCACAGACCUUUCAUCGAGUAGAACGAUGCGGUCAUCCACUCGUCGUAUACGAGUGUAAACUAGGGGCAGUCCCCUGCGGGAUGUUUGUGGAGGGAACAACCACCGCAGUGUCCGCCCAUCUACGAGAACACAGCAUCCCUGGCCCGGACAACGCUAGCACAAGUUGUCCGUGGGCUAGUUGCUCCAAGACGCUCAAGAGGGGAGCCAUGUCAAGACACAUCCUUACUCACCUCGGUGUCAAGGCGUGCUGCUCCGUGUGUGGGGUCGUGAAGUGCCGCCUCGACGUCCUUCGUGCGCAUAUCAGAUCCUCAGAGUCGUGCCGUUUCGCACAUGCCGAUGUUGUCUAUGGACCUGAAGGUCGUUUUCUUGUCCCUACGGGUCGGACUGUUACUGCUGCCCAUCAGGUCCAAUGACUUGGGAUAUAUCACUUUCAUACAUUUUCUGACGGACGCUGCUUUGUACUAGUUAGUACCUUUUAUAUACAAGGCUUCGCUCCGCUCACC